AAGGAGUUUUAUCCAACAAAUGCCAUGUACUGUCAAGGUGAACAAGAUACAGCACUACCCAGCAGUUAGUUGUCCAUAAUUUGGUGAAGGGGCAGACAUGAAAUCAAACAAUAAUUAUGUACAGGUAUGCACAAAGAUCUAGGGUGCUAUAGAAAUGUGUAAAGCACUAAUUCUCAACUGGGAGUGAGUCCCACGCCCAUACACCUAGCAGACAUUUGGCAAUAUCUGGAGACAAUUUGACUGUCAUAACUAGGGGGGGUGCUCCUGGUAUCUGGUGAGCAGAGGCCAGAGAUGCUGCUAAACAUUCUAAAAUUCACAAGACAGCCCCCCACAACAAAAAUGUAGCCAGCUCAAAAUGUCAACAGGGUUGAAGGUGAGAAACUCUAGUACGGAGCCAGCAAAAUAUUUUCUACAACAGAUGGGGGAGGGGAGUAAAGUUUGGUGGGUUGGUUAUGGAAGAGUUUACUAAAGAGAUAAUGAUUGGGGUUGGGAGAGAGAGGAUACCCAGCAGAAGGGACAACAUGUGCAGAGCCACAGACCCUGGCGUAUUUGGGCAAUCCCAAACACCAGAGGAAUAGUUGUGGGCAUUAAGACUGGACAAUGAGGCAUUCAGUAGAAGAUAGACAUUCAAAAAAAUCUGUUGAGUUAGACGAAUUACUGUAAGAAAAUCUGGCUCCAUGAUGGCUCUUUAUAAGUUAGGCACUCAGAAGCAGAGUCUAGGUACAAAUCUCUGUGAACUAAAACUGCUCAAGAAAGAAAUGAGGCUUUUCUCAUCUUGCUUCCUAGGGUCUAGCAUUUUCCAGGUAUUUGUUACUUUCUCAGAAAUAGAGUUGGGCUGUUUGAAUGGAAUGUGAGCUCUGAGAGGUGGAAUAGCUCUCUAUUAAAGCCACUUAGAUGGUGUCUCAGUGCUGGGAUCACAAGCAGAGAUGAGGUGGUUAUUUCUCGUGCAUUAGGUUUAUAGGCAGAUGAUGUUUGUUUCCUCUUUUGCAGAGAAUCCUAGUUCAGAAUUGGGGAUAUGUCAAUCUCAAGAUUAGACUGCCACCUUGAAUGAGUUGCCUUCCCCCUCCCCCACAAAAAAAGGGUGGGUGGGUAGGCCAUUCCAAUCAGGGUUUCUCUUUCUCUUAAGCUAAUGAUGAUCAAAGCAACUGACAAACUGCCACGGAAUCUAUCAGACCUCACUCUGGCCUUGCUGUAGCUCCCCAGCUCCUGAACUUUUCUUCCUUCUGUCAUGCUCUGAGCCCAUUCUUAGCAAACUACCAGGUCUCUGACUCCUGGUCAGCAGCUACCCUGGGCAUGUUGUGCUCUGAUCCACGUGCCUGCAUCUGCCCCCUGGUGGCCUGAUGACAGAGCUUAAUGGAGGUAUCUUCCAGACCCUCCUCCAACAUCGACCCAGGCAACUAUGGGGAAGUGCAUGAUCUGAUCACCCAGAUACCCUCUAAAGUGCAGAUACAAGAUAUUACUAAGGAGCUACACUGCCCACUGUGUAAUGAUUGGUUCUGUGAUCCAUUGAUGCUAAGCUGUGGCCACAACUUCUGCCAGGCCUGUAUCCAAAACUUUUGGAAGCAGCAAGCAAAAGAAACAUUCUGCCCUGAGUGUAAGAUGGUAUGUCAAUAUAGCAACUGUACGUUCAACCUGGUACUUGAGAAGCUGGUAGAGAAGAUUAAGAAGCUACCUUUACUCAAGGGCCAUCCACAGUGCCCAGAGCAUGGAGAGAACCUGAAACUAUUCAGUAAGCCAGAUGGGAAACUGAUCUGCUUUCAGUGCAAAGAUGCUCGGUUAUCUGUGGGGCAGUCUAAAGAUUUCCUGCAGAUCUCUGAUGCUGUCCGUUUCUUCAUGAAGGAGCUCACCAUCCAUCAAGGUCAACUGGAGGCAACCCUGAAAGAACUUCAGUCCCUGAAGAAUAUGCAGAAAGAUGCUAUAGCUGCUUACAAGGAAAACAAGCUACAUCUGCAGCAACACAUCUCCUUGGAGUUUCUAAAGCUACAUCAGUUCCUGCACAGCAAAGAAAAGAACAUUUUAAAUGAGCUCCGAGAAGAGGGGAAAGCCUUGAAUGAGGAGAUGGAGCUGAAUCUGAGCCAGCUUCAGGAACAGUGUCUCCUAGCCAAGGAGAUGUUGGUGAGCAUCCAGGCACGGAUGGAACAGCAGAAUCCCUUCGACUUUCUCAAAGAUAUCUCAUCUCUCUUGGAUAGCUUGGAACAAGGAAUGAAGGUGCUGAUGCCCAGAGAGUUUAUCUCCAGAAAGCUGAACCCAGGCCUGUACAAAGGUCCCAUCCAAUACAUGAUGUGGAGGGAAAUGCAGUUUUCUCUCUCUCCAGGCCUAUCUUCAUUAACUCUGGACCCUAAAACAGCUCACCCAAAUCUGAUGCUCUCCAAAAACCGAACCAGUGUGUGGCAUGGUGACAUUAAGCAGGUAAUGCCUGAUGAUCCAGAGAGGUUUGACUCAAGUGUGGCUGUGCUGGGCUCAAAAGGCUUCACAUCUGGAAAGUGGUACUGGGAAGUAGAAGUAGCAAAGAAGACAAAAUGGACAGUUGGAGUCGUCAGAGAAUCCAUCAUUCGGAAGGGCAGCUGUCCUCUAACUCCUGAGCAAGGAUUCUGGCUUUUAAGACUAAGAAACCAAACUGACCUAAAGGCUCUGGAUUUGCCGUCUUGCAGUCUGAAACUGACUAACAACCUCAACAAGGUGGGCAUAUACCUGGAUUAUGAAGGAGGGCAGGUGUCCUUCUACAAUGCUGAAACCAUGACCCACAUUUACACCUUCACUAGCACUUUCAUGGAGAAACUUUAUCCCUACUUCUGCCCUUGCCUUAAUGAUGGUGGAGAGAAUAAAGAACCCUUGCAUAUCUUACAACCACGUUUAUGGGGAACUCUGGAAUAAUGAAGAAAGGAUUCGCAAACUAAAUUCCAUUCUCAGUGUCUUAAGUGGAUUUCACUGGAGCUUUUCAAGAUAUCCUUCCACUUCUCUGGGGUCUUCUAUGACAAAGGAGCCACUCUUCAUGAGAAUGAUCAUCAUGCUAUUGUUAGUGGAGCAAACUGCAACUUCAGUUUGUGAUGCUUGGAAACCCUUU